AUGGUACUGGAGGAGAUGGAGUGUGACUCUGUAUAUGAGCCGCAUAUCACUGAGGAACAUGUAGAGAGUUACUAUGGGAAGGUGCACUGCAUCAUGAUGGGAACUCCAAAGACAAACCAUCCUGUUAUCUUGACAUUUCAUGAUGUUGGACUGAACUACAAGUCCUGUUUCGAAACCCUGUUCAAACACGAGGAUAUGCGGGAAAUUAUCAGACAUUUCCCAAUUUGUCACGUUGAAGCGCCAGGACAACAAGAGGGAGCCAAAACUCUGCAUACUGGACAUACCUACCCUACAAUGGACCAGCUGUCUGAAGUAAUUCCUGCUGUCAUCAAACACUUUGGGUUACCUCGGGUGAUUGGAGUGGGAGUUGGAGCAGGAGCUUACAUCCUGGCUAAAUUUGCUCUGAAUCAUCCUGAUAUGGUGGACGGAUUAGUCUUGAUCAACAUUAAUCCUAGCGCUGAAGGACUAAUCGAUUCUGUUACAAGCAAGAUCACUGAAUGGACCCACACUCUCCCUGACACACUCAUCUCACACUUGUUUGGAAAGGUUGAGAUUUUGAACAACCAUGACCUCAUCGCCACAUACCGCCACCUCAUCACGACAACAAUGAACGAGUACAACGUGAGUGAGUUCCUUCACUCCUACAACCACCGCCACCCCCUGCAGGUCGAGAGGCCCAUCCCUGGAGGAAACAUCAAUGCAAGGACCCUCAAGUGCUCCACUCUGCUGGUUGUAGGAGAUAAUUCUCCCGCUGUGGAGGCCGUGGUCGACUGCAACUCUAAACUCGACCCCACCAAGACAACUCUGCUCAAGAUGGCAGACUGUGGAGGACUUCCUCAGGCGGAUCAGCCAGCCAAAGUUAUUGAAGCUAUAAAAUAUUUUAUCCAGGGCCUGGGAUACUUGUCCAGUGCCAGCAUGACUAGACUUGGGUCACGAACAACCUCCUUCUCCAGUAUCGAUGGCUCUCGGAGCCGCGCACACACCAACGAGCUGCAACGAGGCCGAACAUACUCACACAGCGCCGAGGACAAGCAUGGCUCCUCACACACUAGCACCAUGGAGCAUACUUCAUAGACCACAUCGUCCAAUAAAGUGGCAUGCAAGAGAGCACUAUGCACUAAAUGGCAUGCAAUUAUUAAUAUCAUACCU